AUAUGGAUGAAGCAGAAGCGGGUGGUCCAACUAGGCAAUGUUUUCUCUGCAACCAAUUUGGACACAGGGACCCCCUAUGUCCCACUUUCUACCCAGCAGCUGCAGCGGCGGCGGCUAACCGAGGAAGGCGAGGCAACCGAGGAAGGCGUGGGAGGGGAAGAACUAGAGGGAGACAGUAGAAAAUUUGUAAUAUUUAUAAACUAUGCUUAAGUUGUAGUACGUGUGAACCAUAUUAGUCUGAACAAUGGUACAAUUUGUAAUAUUUCUGAACUAUGUUUUAAUUUGAAUUUUGUAUGAACUAUGCUUUAAUUUGUAAACUUUGUGAUCAAUGGUUUAAUUUGUAUCAUCUUUGAACAAUGCAACAAUUUUUGAUAUCUUUCUGCAGAUAUGGCGGCCCGCCCGUUGCUCGAUCCAGUGAUUGAUCAGAAACAUCGUGCAUCGCACUUGGAGUCCGACCCGCAGAGCAUCGACCCACUGCAGACCCGUACUCCAAAGAAGAACUGGAUGAUACACCCUCAGUGGGAAGACAGGUUGAAGUGGGCUGGACUACUACCUUUCGCUCGAUUAGUGGAGGCCCGAGAGAACGUUUCGCGUCUGAACUACGAUGCUACUUUGAUCACCUGCUUAGUGGAUCGAUGGAGGCCCGAGACCCACACCUUCCACUUUCGCUGGGGUGAGAUGGCUCCUACUCUAGAGGACGUGUCUAUGUUGCUGGGCCUUCCGUUGGCUGGUGAGCCCAUCGGCCCAUUGGAGGAACCCGUGGGAUGGAUGCACAGCAUGGAUGCACGUUUCGUUGGUGUUCGCGAGGGCGUUGGGCCUAUCUCUUUUGAGGCUCACGGCCCUCGUCAGGCGUGGCUACACGAGUUCCAGAUCGAGCAGUUCGGAUACCCCGAUGUACCGAUGACUGCGGCCCAGAUCACUCGCAGCUUGGAGGCGUACCUCAUGUGGCUACUCGGGAAGACGAUGUUCACGGACAAUCACGGGAACACGAUCAGUGCGCGGUACAUCCCUAUAGCUCAGGAGAUAGCAGAGGCCACAGAAGCAGAGGACAUCACACAGAGGAGCUGGGGUUCUGCGGUCUUAGCCGCUACGUACCGAGGUAUGUGUAAGGGUUGCCAGCUCACCUCGCAUGGUUCUGGAAUCGUUGGUUGCCCCCUCCUAUUGCAGCUCUGGUCCUGGACGAGGUUUCCCGUCGGCCGCCCUGAUAUUGGUGCUAGGUCUUGGCCGCCAGACGAGUUGUAUGACGCGGAUCGCAUCGACAUGCCGACGUUUGGUUCUAUAUGGACAUCGCGGAAGAGACAUUUUGGGCAUAAUCAGCUGCGGAAUUGCUACCCAGCAUUCACAGAGCAGUUUGACCUACUACUGGAGAGCGAUGUUAGUUGGGAGCCAUACAGUGAGGACCACCGCGACGAGACAUACCCAGGCGGUAUAUCGUUGAUGUGUACCAGAGAUUGGGCCUACUGGAUGACGAAGGCGAAGAUCAUCUUCGAUAUCUUCGUGGAGGAGAUGUCGCAGCAGAGGGUCAUGAGACAGUUUGGAAUGCGUCAGUUGAUCGAGCCACCACCUCCCACAGUUCCACUACCACCACGCGUCCACGCGUACAACAGAAAAGGAGCGAACAAGACUGCUGUCGGAUGGGUACAGCUCCUGGGUCCAUACAUCGCUGGUUGGGCCAAUGCGCCGGCCGUGUCAUGGGCCACUAGGGAGCCGUUUGAUCUUCAGGAAUUUCAGCAGUACUUGCGAGCGUACAUGCCUAGGACACGACUUCGUCUGAGCCAGGCGUGUGACCCAGUUGAGAUGGCUCCCUCGACACAGUGGGACACCUACCCUCGCCACUCCACUUCAGGCACUCGGCAUCACGCAGCCGUGUUGACGGCGGAGCUGCAAGAUGACGCCGCCCAGUAUGAACGGUCGCUCUCCGCCGGCCCACUUCUUGGACGGUAUGAGCACCACGCCUCCUUUGCACAGCGUCUUCAGGAGAAACUACGUCGUAUCUACGCGACUAUCACAUGCACCCGAUCUUCGGAUGUUGUCGAGUACCGAGCAGCACAGCGGCCACCUCGCCCCUCUUUGCAGGUGCAUCAGCCGCGGCACGCCCCGCGCCCACGUAUGGAGGUACCGCCGAGCCCGAGGCCACCAUCUCCUAACCAGGCAGGAGGUUCUGGGUGGCAAAACCAGCAGCAGCAGGAGCCUACUUACGAGUAUUGGCAGCGUGCCGGUUUCGGCAUGGAGCAGCAAUUUCCCAUGCCUAACUUCGGGUGGCGUCCCCGUAUGGAUGAGCCAGAGGGUGAGGGACAUAUGUCGACGGGGUCCGGAUCACGAUCCUUCUGGUCCAGUGCUCACGAUCAGGACGAAACACAGCAGAGCUAUCAAGACUGGAUUUCAAGUCAACAGCAAACUCCACCUCCAGAUCCCACGCAGUACAGUCAGCACGAGCAGGGGUACAUGCUUCCUCCCCGACAUCGCCAGCCACCUGUUCGUAUGUACUCGCCGUCACCUUUUCAGGCUCGACCGCCACCGAGGCGAGGUGGAGGGAGGGGCCGUGGUCAGUGAGAUGAGUACUAUUUGUAUGCACCAUGUAUGACUACUAUUUGUAUGCGC